AUGAUGUCUAGUCCUAUCUCACUACCCUCCAACUUCCAGCCCCAGAGCCCACUCUUUAACGUCCUACCAGGCGAGAUCCGUAAUAACAUAUUCGAGUUAGCACUGAUGCAGUAUGAAGACGACGCAGCAGGAUAUCCGGAAGACUCGUACUGGUACAGGCCCGGCUUCUCAGGACCACUCAAGGGAAGUAGUGCGCUUUUGCGCACGUGCAGAUUGGCGUUCGCGGAAGGCCAGAAGGUGUUUCUGAGAGAAUUGGAGUACGCAUUCUGGUUUAACCGCGGACCCAAUGGCCGCACAUGCACCCCGGCGUGCGAGAGAUUCUUUAGAGACCUGACUCCACACGCAGCGCAAUCACUUCAGAAAGUACGUUUCUUCACGCAAAUGUUCUGGCUCGAAGACGGACCACAGCUCUUCUAUCUCUUCUCAGUACCGCAGUUCCGGCCCACUCAGCUUACUAUCACCAUCCGAUACUCAGACUGGUGGUUCUGGGAGGACAAUGAACCACUCCGUAUGAAUGAAGGAUGGCUGCGCUAUUUUGAAGGAAACCCAGGACUCCGCGUACUCAAGGUUGAGUACGAAACACUCAAUUGGAAGAAAGCAGAGAUGAUGCGCAUAGUCGAACGAAACAAGAAAUGGAGGCUGCCCGUGAGAAGGGAAGGCGAGAUGUUUCAAGCAAACAGGCUGGAAGGAUACCUAAGUGCCGAAGAUACGGCACUAGAGGAAUGGAAAUGGAAAGGCACAAGCAAGCUAGGUGGGGAAACGUGGAGCCAUCAUGGUACUGGGGACAAGGUCGAGUACGUCGUCGUGACGGAUACCUGGAAGUUUGUGGAAGGCGUGUUGAGCGACAAAGAGAUGGAGAGUCGACUGGAUCCGAUGAUGAGGAUAUCGGAGACGAGACAAGGUAAGGGAUCAACUCGUCGGAACGUAGGCGUAUGGAGCGCGAGACUUCGUGAGAGGAGUACUACAAAUGAUUCACCUUAG